UGUGAAGUGUUUUGGCGCCGGAAGCUUUCAUUUCGCGAAAAUUUAAUUAACAUAUUAUCCGCAAGUCCUCGAAUUAUUAAGAUAUAAUUAUGUGUGCUUAUCUGUCUGACCUGCGGGCAUGACUAUUCAAUUGAGAAAUUGCAACAGUUUCCAUAUUUUCGUUGCAUACAAUAUAAAAGUUUGGCGGUGCACCUGGAGCACCAACGGCUUCUUGCUAGCCAGGAGCUGCGCGCAUACCCAUUCCAAAAAAUAACGGAUCUAUGCCUGAUUAAUUGGCGGCUGCAUCGUGUACCAGUGUGGCCAGACAGAUGACAGAGCUGCCAACACGUGUCAAACAACAGCUGAGCGUCGAUGUGCAAUUUGUGGCGCCUGUUAUUUUACACCUUCUGUAAACCGCUGAAUUAUUUGGAUACAUUAAAAUGAACACGCUGCGGCCGUGCGGCUGCAAAGGUGUGCGCACCUGCCUCACCUGUGAGCAGGACUUCCAAAUCGAUAAACCAUCUCUGCAGCAGCAAUUGCAACAGCUGGAAUCCUGGUCCUAUUGCACACAAUGUGAACGUCUAUACGCCGGCUGGGACACGCAGGCGGUGCAGGCGGCACAUCCGGAUCACAAUUUGGCUGAGAGUCUGCCACUGCCAGGGAUAUUGGUGCAGGAGCAGUUUCUCACGAGCGCAGAAGGCGCACAGCUUAUGUCCGACCUGGACGCGCUGCCCUGGGCCAUUUCGCAGAGCGGUCGACGCAAACAGAAUUACGGGCCGAAAACCAACUUUAGGAAGCGUCGCCUCCAAUUGGGUGCCUUCGAGGGCUUUCCCGCUGCCACACGCUUUGUGCAGCAACGCUUCGAGUCGGUGCCGCUGCUGCGCAACUUUCAAACUAUUGAACAAUGCUCGCUGGAGUAUGAUCCCAGCAAGGGCGCCAGCAUAGAUCCGCAUGUGGACGACUGCUGGAUAUGGGGCGAGCGUGUGGUCACCGUCAAUUGCCUCGGCGAUGCUGUGCUCACGUUAAACCUCUACGAGGAGCACCAGGCUAGCAAAUAUAACUUGGACUUGGUGCAGCAAUACAAAGCACAGCUGCUGGCGCCGCUCUUGUCGCCGGACCAGCUGGCGGCCUACAAGGGCAAGGUGCUACGCAUACCCAUGCCAAACCUCUCGCUGAUUGUGCUCUAUGGACCGGCGCGCUAUCAGUUCGAGCAUGCGGUGCUCCGCGAGGAUGUUGAUGAGCGACGCGUUUGCAUUGCGUACCGAGAGUUUACGCCCAUGUAUAUAGAUGGCUUGGACAAGCAGCAGGGCGAUUUGGACCAUAUUUCAUAUAAAAAUCGAGAAUAUUAUUGUCAGACGAUUGCUUGGAACUUGUUAACGAAAAAAUGCAAAUGAAGACGAACGCCAAAAUCAAACGCGGCAGCUGUGCGAGAAAAGUGCGUCCUGUCUGGUUGUACCCUAACGACUUAAUGCGCUCAACGCAGCUUUUCACACGACCAUGGACCGGAGCUGAGCGCAGCAGGAAUAACCAAGGAGCAAAGCUGCGAAGCUUCCAACCAACUGAGAGAGACGAACUGAGAGCGAAACUCAUCUC